UGUGGACAAACUUAUUUAUUCUUAAAAUUGUAACGGGGCGCCGCCCACUGGCUUUCUGUGUCGCUCUCGCAUUCCCUUCAGUCUUCGGAGCCGUAUACCGGACUACUCCGACCAUUUUUCCCUGGGAAUACGAGAAGCUUUUUCUUUUCACUUUCUCCUUACUCUCUCUUACCUAUUGGAACAAUUUCCCCUACUCAAUCUUCGGACCUCGCUCCUUCAGAUCGAGCUGCUUUUUUGAAGCAUUUCAAUCGAUAUUUCAGUUUUAUUCAAGGUUUUUCGGAGAUUUAUUCUGUUUGAAGUUUUGUAAUUAUUUUAUUAUUCGUCGAAAUAACUCAUGGAAGGCGCGUUAAAUCUUCUUGGAGGCGCAACUAUUUGUCCUGCCUCUACGCGUUGCCAAUCUUUAUUGUCUCCUCAGCUUCAUUUUGUGUCGUCCAUUGCGCAAACUGCUGGACUGUACACGAAUGGCAAAAGAUUAUCUUGUAGACGUGUUGGUUUGCGAGUCAGAUGCGAAAGGAAUGUCGCUGAUGUGCUUGAUAGAAAAGUUACUGAAUCUAGAAGUUCUGGUGAUAAUGAGCAACAGUUUACUUGUGUCAUGAAGUUUGGUGGUUCAUCAGUGGCUUCUGCAGAGAGAAUGAUGGAGGUUGCUGAACUUAUACGCAGCUUCCCUGAGGAGCGGCCAGUGAUUGUUCUCUCGGCCAUGGGAAAGACAACCAAUAAACUUUUGCUGGCUGGAGAAAAGGCUGUUAGCUGUGGUGUUACUAAUGCAUCGGAUAUUGAUGAGAUGAAAUUCAUAAAAGAGUUGCAUCUCAAGACUGCAGACGAGCUUGGUGUCGACAGGUCUAUUAUUGCAAAUCACCUUGAUGAAUUGGAGCAACUUCUCAAGGGAAUUGCUAUGAUGAAAGAAUUGACUCUUCGAACCAGAGAUUACUUAGUUUCCUUUGGGGAGUGCAUGUCUACAAGGAUUUUUGCAGCCUAUUUAAUUAGGAUUGGUGUCAAAGCGCGUCAAUAUGAUGCAUUUGAAAUAGGAUUUAUCACCACAGAUGACUUCACAAAUGCUGACAUUUUGGAAGCAACCUAUCCCGCUGUCGCAAAAAGGCUACUUGGUGAUUGGAACUCUGAUCCUGCUAUUCCUAUUGUUACUGGCUUUCUUGGAAAGGGCUGGAGAUCAUGUGCAGUAACUACAUUGGGAAGAGGUGGUAGUGAUUUGACUGCUACAACCAUCGGAAAAGCUCUUGGAUUGCGGGAGAUUCAGGUGUGGAAAGAUGUUGAUGGUGUUUUGACUUGUGACCCUAAUAUACAUUCAGGUGCAGAACCUGUUCCCUUUUUGACUUUUGACGAGGCAGCUGAACUUGCUUAUUUUGGAGCUCAGGUCCUGCAUCCACAAUCGAUGCGACCAGCUAGGGAGGGUGAUAUUCCUGUUCGGGUGAAAAACUCGUAUAAUCCUCAAGCUCCAGGUACUCUCAUCACCCGGAACAGAGAUAUGAGCAAGGCAGUGCUAACAAGUAUUGUUCUGAAACGCAAUGUGACCAUGUUGGAUAUUGUCAGCACCCGCAUGCUCGGUCAAUAUGGUUUUCUUGCCAGGGUGUUUGCGAUCUUUGAGGAUUUGGGCAUAUCAGUUGAUGUGGUUGCUACUAGCGAAGUUAGUUUAUCGUUGACCUUGGAUCCAUCAAAGCUUUGGAGCAGAGAGCUCAUUCAGCAGGCAAGCAAAAUCCGGGUUCUCUUCUCUGUUUCAUUUGAGAGAACUAGAGAUGAGCUUGAUCAUGUGGUUGAAGAACUCGAGAAAAUUGCUGUUGUGAAACUGCUUCAGCAUAGAUCGAUUAUUUCUCUCAUUGGAAAUGUUCAAAGGUCAUCACUGAUACUGGAAAAGGCAUUUCACGUUCUUCGUACCAAUGGAGUAAAUGUUCAAAUGAUAUCCCAGGGUGCUUCCAAGGUCAAUAUCUCAUUGAUUGUAAACGACAACGAAGCAGAGCAAUGUGUUCGGGCCCUGCAUUCGGCCUUUUUUGAGAUAGAUGGAAUGAAAUUAAAUACAGAAGGAUGCACAUCUCAAAAUGGUUCAGUCUGAGCUAGCAACACCGCGUAAGCAUUGUAGCCCAUUUUUCCGUUCUCAAUAAGCUUUGUUUUUCUCUACCAUACAAGGAAGGAGCCAACUGCAGCAAUCGGUAUAAAAAUAUUAUAGUCGAAAUCGGGCAACUCGAGGUAGUCUCUUCCAUCGGUUUUGAUUAGAUAAACUGUGCUGCUAAGCUAAUAGUGUAGUAUUUUAACUAAUUCAAGGUAGGAUUUAUGUUUCAUGUUGUACACUAGAGUUUCUUAAAUGUUUUAUGUGCAUUGUUAUGUCCUAGUUUAUCUCUUCAGAUUAUAUAUCUACAUGAACUAAUAAAUAAAUUAAUACGUGCAUUAGUUAUAACUUUCAAUCA